GUAAUGCGUUGUUGGAAAAAACGAAAGAUGAACUUGCCGAGUUUCUCAUAAGUUUUUAUGCCGAAAUAAGGAAGAAGAAUGGGGAUCUAUAUUCGAGAACGUCAAUGAUAAGUAUAAGAUUCGGUGUACAAAGACAUUUUUUGACACAUAGAAAGUUUGAUAUUGUUAACGAUGCAAACUUUCGUUUGGCGAACGAAAUGUUUAAAGCUGUGUUGACUGAGAUAAAAAGAUCGGGAAAGGGAACCGUACAGCAUAAAGAAGUGAUAAGCGCUGCAGAUUUUGAAAAGCUCUACACAUCGGGAACCGUUAACAUGACUGAACCACGGGGAUUACAGUAUAAAGUGUUCCUGGACAUUAUGUUCUAUUCGUGUCGUAGAGGGCGUGAAAACCUAAGGUGUAUGAAGAAAACGGACUUCGUUCUUAAAAGUGAUUCCCAUGGCAGGCGAUAUUACAUAAACUUUGCCAAGUAUGAGACAAAAAAUCACAGGGGCGCAGAUGUUGGUGAUGAUGAUUCCUCUAGUGGCAGAAUAUAUGAAAUGCCAGGAAUGUCAAAAUGCCCAGUGUAAAGCUUAGAGAAAUAUCUAGCUAAACUGAAUGAAAGCUGCGACUGCUUUUGGCAGAGACCGAAGAAGAAGUUCAAAGACCAUGAUAUCGUGUGGUAUGAUAACAUUCCAGUUGGGCAUAACACACUGGGGAGUUUCAUGAAAACCAUGUCACUAAAAGUUCAACUGUCGCACACCUAUACAAAUCACUCUAUCCGUGCCACCUGCAUAACCACAUUGGAUCAAAAAGGUGUUGAAGCUCGUCAUAUAAUGUCUAUAAGUGGCCACAAAAAUGAAAACUCGAUCAAAAGUUAUUCUAGAAAUGUGUCUGAUGAGAAAAAGCAUGAAAUGUGCAGUGUUUCACAGAGUGUUGUCAAUACAACAUCAACGGCUUAUGGUUCUGAAGAAAGUGCUCAAAUUUUGAAUUUCGAUCUCUCUAAUAUUUCAAAUUAUGAAGUUCAGCAGCUGGAUAAUGUUCAGUUAGUUUCUGAAAUUUUUAACGAGUUUCCUGAGUCAGAAAAGGAAAAUAGCGCUAUUCGAGAUAACUCUGGUAUUUCCUCACGCAGAGUGUCAAGCAUCCCUUCCUGUGGCCCUUUAUUUUCUCAUGUCAAUCAGGUUAAU